AAAAGGUAAACCGCGUUUUGGUGUUGCAAUUCCCGUCAAGUGAGUUGACAACUUUGCCUCUUCAAAAUUUUCCAGCAAAUGAUAUGAUACUAAGUACUAACCAAUGACACCCACAACAACACAACCACACACCAUCAUCAGCAUUUCACACCACAACAAUUCAUUCAUUCAUUCAUUAAUUCACACAAUAGCAACAACCGCCACCUCAUUCCCUUGUCUUGUUUCUUCAACCACACCACACCUCACAAUAAUAAUUCCACAACACUAUAAGUCAGAUCCACACCCUCUCUUAAAAUCACCAUCAUCACUAUGGCAGACAUAGUGAAUCAACUAUUAGCUAAACCGAUCCAACUAGCAGACCAAGUAACCAAAUCAGCUGAAGAAGUUAGUUCAUCAUUCAAACAAGAAUGUUUAGAACUCAAAUCCAAAACCCAAAAACUCGCUUCACUUCUCCGACAAGCCGCAAGAUCAAGCUCCGAUUUAUACGAACGACCAACCCGCCGCAUCAUCGGCGACACCGAACAAAUCCUCGACAAAGCACUCACCUUAGUCCUCAAAUGUAAAGCCAACGGUCUCAUGAAACGCGUCUUCAGCAUAGUCCCCGCCGCCGCUUUCCGUAAAAUGUCUUCCCACCUCGAAAACUCCAUCGGAGACGUCUCAUGGCUCCUCCGUGUCUCCGCUCCGGCGGAGGAGCGCGGCUAUGAGUAUCUCGGUCUUCCACCUAUCGCCGCUAAUGAACCAAUUUUAGGUCUAAUUUGGGAACAAAUCGCGAUUCUUCACACGGGAUCCUUCGAUGACCGAUCCGAUGCUGCUGCUUCUUUGGUUUCACUCGCACGUGACAACGACCGUUACGGAAAACUAAUAAUCGAAGAAGGUGGCGUUGUUCCUUUGUUGAAACUUAUUAAAGAAGGUAAAAAAGAAGGUCAGGAGAAUGGUGCUAGAGCUAUUGGGCUUUUGGGCCGUGAUUCUGAGAGUAUUGAAAUCAUGAUUCAUGCUGGUGUUUGUUCUGUUUUUGCUAAGAUUCUUAAAGAAGGUCCUAUGAAAGUUCAAACUGUUGUUGCUUGGUCUGUUUCUGAACUUGUUUCAAAGUAUCCUAAAUGUCAAGACCUUUUUGCUCAACAUAAUAUUGUUAGGUUGCUUGUUAGUCAUAUUGCUUUUGAAACUGUUCAGGAACAUAGUAAAUAUGCAAUUGUUAGUAAUAAGCCAAUUUCUUCUAUUCAUGCUGUUGUUAUAGCUAGUAAUAGUAAUAAUGACUUUCAUUCUAAUGAUGUCAAGGAGAACCAAGAUCAAGUCAAAAUUAGGAUGCCACAUCCUUUAGGUGAUAAGUCCACUAAUCAAAUGCAUAAAGUGGUGGCCAGUACUAUGGCAAUGCAUGCUGCUAAUAAGCAACAACCUAAUGAAGGAAAUGAAGUGAGUCUAAGUCAAAAUUCUCAACCUCAGCUGGUGGUUAGUCAUACCAAUGGGAAUGGGAACGCGAAUGCCAACGCGAAGCAUAGUAGUUAUUCUUAUUCGGGAAUUAACAUGAAGGGAAGGGAACUUGAGGACCCUGAGAGUAAGGCUGAACUCAAAGCGAUGGCAGCGAAAGCGCUUAGGUUUCUAGUGAAGGAUAACUCGGGGAUUUGUCGAAGUAUAACAGAAUCAAGGGCUUUGUUAUGUUUCGCUAUUUUACUUGAAAAGGGGCAAGAAGAAGUGAAGUACAAUUCUGCCUUGGCGUUGAAGGAGAUUACUGCUGUGGCGGAGAAAGAUCCUGAAUUGAGAAGAUCGGCGUUUAAGCCGAAUACUCCUGCUUGUAAAGCAGUUGUUGAUCAAGUGCUUGAUAUUAUUGGUAAAGAAGAUAAGAGACUUUUGAUUCCUUGUAUUAAGGUUAUUGGGAGUUUGGCGAGGACAUUUAGAGCAACUGAGACAAGGAUAAUUGGUCCGUUGGUUCGACUUCUCGACGAAAGAGAGGCUGAAGUAUCGAGAGAGGCUGCAGACUCACUCGCGAAAUUUGCCUGCAAUGAUAACUACCUCCACCUUGAUCACUCCAAGGCAAUUAUAAGCUCCGGUGGUGCGAAACACUUGGUUCAUCUUGUGUAUCUUGGGGAGCCGGCGGUUCAAUAUUCAGCCUUGAAACUGCUAGCUUAUAUUGCAUUGCACGUGCCAGACAGUGAAGAACUUGCCUGGGUUGAGGUUCUUGGAGUUCUUGAAUGGGCAUCCAAGCAACCUAACAGGACUCAGGACGAAACCAUUGAAGCAUUGUUGCAAGAAUCGAAGAGUAGGCUGGAGCUUUACCAGUCUAGAGGUUCAAGAGGGUUCCAAAAACUACAUCAAUAGGAUGAGUAAUUAGUUGUUGUCCAAAAAAAAACUCUAGAUUGCUCUAUGCUUCAAGUUCAUUAGUAUAGGAAAUCAAGAAUAUUGCAGGAGUUGAUGAAGAAGCUGCACUCAGAAUCAGAAGCAAAAUCAACAAUCUAUGGCAGAUUAGAAAAUGCAGUUAAAACAAGUGGAAAAUGGUACGAGUCAACCAGGGUCAAAAGACUGCUUAGCUGAAAAAACAGUGGUGGGUAAUGCCACAUUUUUAUGGUUGAAACUAAACUAUUACUCAUUUAGAGACGGAAAGAGUAAAAUUUACUAGUGAACUUUUUUUUACUCUGGAAGUUAUAGUCAUCUGUCAUAUGGGUUUCAAUGUAACUAUACUAACAUUUGCUUAUUUUCUAUAAUUGCAUUAGAUGUUUGUUAGAUUUUCACAAUUAAGAAAUUUGAUUAGAUA